GUAAACAGUAGCAGCUUCCGCAGUAAACUUCGUAUAUUAGCAGCCACGGUACAGCACCAGUCUGGGAGAAAUCAAAGCCGGUCUACGGAGUUCUUUGGUGAAAUCCUUCAAAAAUGGGCCACUGUGUUUUUCUCAUUUUAGCGGCUGUGUUUUCCGUCGCAUGGACACAGUUUAUCCCGCCGUACACAGAAGAAUGUCGGGAAGAAAUGUAUCCACCAAAGGGUCCCACGUUCAGAGGAGCUGUCGGUUGGUACACAGUGGACCUCGACCUACCGCCCAGCAAGAGAUGGACAGCUCUAAUCACUGACAAAAAAAAUGAUCUGGUCAACAUGAUCCAGGCCAUCCGAGACUUGGCUAAUGCGUUUGUGCCCAGUGGAAGGCUGAUUGAGCUGGUUGACAUUACGCUGCCUUUGAUGGUGGACACUCUCCCAAACCCUUUCAGUGAUGAAAUCAAAGGAAUUGCAGCUGCUUCAGGGAUUCCUCUUGGUGAAGUCGUCUUGUUCAACAUCUUCUAUGAGGUGUUCACGGUGUGCACAUCAGUUGUUGCAGAAGACAAUAAGGGUAACCUCAUUCAUGGUAGAAAUCUGGAUUUUGGAUUAUUUAUGGGCUGGGAUGUGAAAAACAAGUCCUGGAUCAUUAGUGAGAAGCUGAAGCCUCUGGUUGUCAACCUCGACUUCAAGAGAAAUAAUCAGACCGUCUUCAAGUCUACAAACUUUGCUGGAUACGUUGGCAUGCUGACUGGCAUCAAGCCUCACAUAUUCACUCUGACUAUGAAUGAGCGCUUCAGUCUCGAUGGAGGAUACAUUGGAAUCCUGGAGUGGAUCUUAGGGAAGAGAGAUGGGAUGUGGAUGAGCUUCCUCACUCGCUCAGUCCUAGAAAAUGCAACUAGCUACGAGGAAGCCAAAAGUCUCCUGGCUCAGACCAAGCUGCUGGCUCCAGCUUACUUCAUCCUCGGAGGAAACCAGACCGGCCAGGGCUGCAUCAUCACACGGUCCAGACUGCUCAGCAUCGACCUCUUGGAGAUUGACCUGAAGCUGGGCCGGUGGUACGUCCUGGAAACAAACUACGACCACUGGAAGGAGCCUUUUUUCCUGGAUGAUCGCAGAACUCCUGCCAUGAGGUGCAUGAACCAGACCACACAGACAAAUGUCUCCCUGCAGACCAUGUAUGAUGUCCUCUCCACCAAACCAGUGCUAAACAAGUUGACCACAUACACGACACUGAUGCAAGUGUCUGAGGGAAAACUGGAGUCGUAUAUCCGCGACUGCCCGAAUCCCUGCAUGCCCUGGUAACGCUCCAACCACUGAACCCUGAUCAGUUUGUAAAUGCCUAUUUGCAUGGAGAAGCUGUGAUAAAGACAAGCUCAGCUGAUCUUGGGGCAGUGUGGAUUUUGUUCCUUUUGAACUGUUUGCACAGCUAUCAAAUCACAUGAACCAAAGUUUGUCUUGAUAUAUUGUGUUUUGGUUUCCAGACAAUUCAGGAAUACUUAAAAGCUUUGAUGAAAAUACUGAAUCUUAUUUUGUUUUUGUUUUUUUGUCAUUAGGAAAAUGUACAAAAGUGAAUCAAACUUGUAAAUGUUUUCCCUCAGUUAUUUUUACUGUAAUGGGUUAUUUGCAAAAUGAGUUAAUCAGUGAUCUCACCAUUGGCAUAGGGACCCCUGAGAUAAAGGCAUGUGUGUAAUUCAAUUAAUGCAAAAUAUGGUUACAUUCUUUAGUUAGAUUUCUCAAAUCCACUCACCAUUUAGUGCCUCCACACUGUAGCCCUGCUUUAUUAGUUUUUGUUUUUGAAUCCAGGUCAAACUCAAAAUGUCGAACUAGGUUAGUUACAGUUACUGUCUCACAUGAUCACUGACCAUUUUACACACUGAUACUGACCAAUGUACCUCAUGGAUUAAGAUGGUUAAUAAAAUGAUUCCCAAAUGUA